ACAGCAAAGCUUCCUGCUAUAGCUUUCUUAACAGACUCUUCUAGCACAAUUGCGGCAGCUACUGUAAAUUCUUAUGAUCAUAAAACUUUUCAUUCUGAACUUAAGCCUAUAAAGGCUGAGAUUUUACCUGUUCUUUCCCUUCAUAAUAGACUCAACCAAUGGGAAGAAACACAAAUAAAUCUUAAACUUACUUUACAAAGAAGAAUCUAUGGCAUUCACGCUCCGUUAAGACAUAUGAUAGAACAAAGCGAAGACACUCACCAUU